AUGUCUCACCCCGGCAUCCUCCACCACUACACACCCCGCCUCGUCGCCUUCGAAUUCACCCCUCCCAACAGCACCCCCACCACCAACGCGCUCCUCUUCAUCGGCGGUCUAACCGACGGCCUCCUCACAGUCCCCUACGUCCCAACCCUCGCCUCCGCCCUCUCCUCCACCCCCAACAACACAUGGAGCGUCUUUAACGUCCUCCUCACAACCUCCUACCAAGGCUGGGGCGUCAACAGCCUAGACCGGGACAUCGAAGACCUCGCCCAAUGCAUUAACUACAUCCGCAAGCUCAAAGGCCCCGAAUCCAAAAUCGUCAUAAUGGGCCACUCGACCGGAUCGCAAGACGUGCUUCACUACCUCUCCGCCCCGAACCCGAUCCCACAAAACCCCUCCGUCAACGGACUCCAAUACCUCACCAGACCUCCCGUCGACGGCGCAAUCAUGCAAGCCCCCGUUUCUGAUCGCGAGGGGAUGCACAUCACCAUUACUACGGCCGAGGCGCGAGGUGCGUACGAGCAGCUGGUUGGGCUAGCGAAGGCUGCUGUGGCUGAGGAUCCGAGAGCUAUUUUACCGUUGAAUUUGACGAGUUUGGUGGGGUUGGAUGCGGAGACGCCGGUGAAUGCAUGGCGGUUCUUGAGUCUGGCGAGUCCCGACAGUCCGGGGUCUCCAAGCCAGGAUGAUUUGUUUAGUGCGGAUCUUGGGGAUGAAAGGCUUAGGGAGACGUUUGGGGUUGUGGGGAAGAGGGGAUUGUUGAGGGGAAAGCUUAUGGCGCUGUAUUCGGGGGCUGAUGAGUAUAGGAUGCCUGGGUUGGAUGUGGAGGGGUUGAUGAAGAGGUGGCAGAGAGCGACGGAUGAGGGGGCUGGAGAGGUGAAAUGGGAUGCGGAGGGGAGUGCGGUGGUUGAGGGGGCGAGUCAUAAUGUGCAGGAUGUUGGGCAGGAGGAGUUGGUGGAGAGGGUGAGGGGGUAUUUGGCCGGAAUAUAG